AUGGCGGCCGCGCUGCUGCUGCGGGCCGCGGCUGCCUGGGCCGCCCGGCGGGCUGCGGGCGGCGCCGCCGGCACCGCGCGGCUCCUGCCGCCCGCGGCGCCCGCCCGCCUGCCCGGCACCCUCGCUCCUGUCCGGCACAGCAGCCAUGGGAAGCGAAUGUUUAUCAUCAAGGCAACGAGUUUCUAUGAUUCCCGGUUUCUGAAGCUGUUGAGGUUCUAUAUUCUUUUGACUGGGUUACCAGUGGCAAUACUCAUAACAUACGUGAACAUCUUCAUUGGUGAAGCUGAGCUUGCGGAGAUUCCUGAAGGUUAUGUUCCAGACUACUGGGAAUACUACAAACAUCCUAUAAGUCGUUGGAUAGCUCGUUACAUCCUUGACCCUCCAGAAAAAGAUUAUGAGAAAUGCAUGGCUCUGCUUGAUGUUGAAGCCAAGAAAGCUGAAAUGAGGCUGAUGACAUUGGAGGCACGCAGAUUGAUGAGGGCAAGGGGAGAUGGACCUUGGUAUCAUUACGAAACACCUGAUAAAAAUCUUACCGACGAUUCUUUCAAAUCCACACCUGACAACUAAGAAGUCCUAAGACAGUAUGCGGAGUUUUAAGUGCAUACCAACGAAUUGUGACUGAAUUAUGCAAUAUGCAUCCUGUUGUUCACUGAACUAAAUAAAAAUAAAACUUUUUUUGUUGA